AUGCUUGACAACCGCAUGAUCAUGAAACUUGCUAGCAUAUUCCGAGUUGGUGUCAAUUCUCCUUCAGAUACGCCACAGUCAACAUCUGCGGCGCGUCGGGCUCGACCCGCUACCCAAUACUACUCAGCGCCAUCGAACUGCUCUGGGCACGUACCAAGCUUGAAGCUGCCUUCUCCUGGUGUGCAAGACGACGGAGAAUCAGAAGCUUACUAUCCUCCACUGACCGCUCCGCCAGAACCUGUGGGCUCAUCAGUAGCACCCUUUCAAAGAAGGGAACGCAUUUUAUUUUAUAACAAACAUGAACCUUACUACGAAUUCACGAAUUUCUCGCCACAUGACGUUGUCUACGCUGGGAAGAGAUACCCAACUAGCGAGCAUCUCUUCCAGUCUUUCAAAUUUUUGGACUCCCAGCCAGCCAUCGCGGAGCACAUCCGCAAGUGUGGGGACAGGCCAAGUGCUGUGUUCGACGAAGCUCAUCGUCACCAGAAAUGGGUUCGAUCUGAUUGGAGACAAGUAAAUGUUGAGAAGAUGGAAGCCACACUUCGACUCAAGUUCACUCAGCAUACAGAUCUAAAGGCCUUGCUUCUUGGCACUGGUAAUGCUGAACUAGUUGAGAACUCCCCAAAGGACUUCUUUUGGGGGAUAGGUGCUGAUGGCUCUGGACGCAACGAACUGGGAAAAGCACUUGAGAGAGUGCGCGAUGAGCUUCGAUACGAUGACAAACCAAACAGGGUGCCCCCUGCCAGGCGUGAUACGUCCCGAUUUUCGUUGCAAGACCUGACGUCGCUGGUUGCGGCAGUAGCAUCUCCCCAACCUUCAAUCCAAUCAUCGCAACGCCGCUCCGUUGUUUCCACGGGCAUGGGAAUCGGCCCACCCUCAACAGUACUACCUCAACAUCAAUUCCAAGCGCCGCAGCGCCUCUCCAUUGUUCCCGCAGGCAUGGCGAUCAGCCCGCAGUCAGCAUCUCCUCAGGACGCUGGGCUAUGCGAGUUUUGCCAGCAGAAACCGAAAUAUCAGCACCAUCCUUACUGUGGUAGGACAUGCGCUUCGCAAGCAGCGACCAUGUGCAACCAUUGUCGCAGCAAACCAAAGUACGGCAAACAUCCUUAUUGUUCAAGGACUUGCGCUGUGCAAGCUGGAAAGGCAACCUAGAUUUGAAAAAAUCUUCCCGUUUGGAUAAUUGGUACUGUAAGAUUAUAGUGCGUCGUGUGCGAGUCCAUAUUUGCUAUCUAUUACCGUUUCAAUGUCUGCGUCCACCUAAUUACCGCCCUUCCAUAAAGCCAGGUGUCGAUCCCCUCAGGGUCAAUUGGAGCAUCAGCCACGAACAACUACCCUUGGUAGAUGUUGCUCUGUUUCUUCUGUUCGCCAAAUUCAUUUCUAAUCAAUAAGAACAUUAAUACCGGAAUACAGCAGAUCGAUGAAUUGAAUCAGGUAUUCAGAGUCUGGGGGCCGCACAGCGGCACGCAC